AUGGAACACAUGGAACAGAUUCCACCGCAGAGCACACAUUCUGGCGCCGAGUUAGAGCGAUUCAUGAAAGAAGUGGAUUCCGCAGAUCUCGAACGAGUUGUUCAGCAAAAGCGCGAGGAUCACCUUGCACGGAGGCUUCAUAUGAGAGGUUUCGAUUAA